AAGCCUUCCCCUGAUUUUGGAUUUUAUCUGAAUCCUUUGCUGCAGCCAGCGGAACAAAUGUCUAUCUUUUCAAAAUGGAUUUCCACAGCAGCCUUAAAAGGUCUCUGCCAAGAGCUGAGUUUCACAGUCCCGUGGGGCCACAUUGCGGCCAAGGCUUGGGGACAUCCCAGUGGGCGGCCAAUAAUUUGCUUGCACGGCUGGGCAGAUAAUGCAAACUCCUUCGACCGACUCAUCCCAUUGCUUCCAGAAGAGUUUUAUUACGUGGCAUUGGAUCUUCCUGGCCACGGUGUUUCCUCGCACCGGUCCCCAGGUAUACCCUAUUACUUCACUGAAUACAUCUCUGACGUGCGGAGAGUGGCAGACGCCUUAAACUGGAAUAGAUUCAGCAUUUUAAGCCACAGCAUGGGGGGGAAUGUUGGAGGCCUGUUCUGUUCAAUUUUCCCAGAGAUGGUGGAUAAGCUGAUUAUACUGGAUGGAUAUGGGUUUUAUCCAUUCGCUGGUAACGUUGUGCAGGAACAUCUUCAGAAAGCAAUCAACGAGCUUAUAAAACUGGAGAAGGAACAGGAUUCACCCAGAGUGUAUACGCCUGAUGGAGCUCUAAAGAGGCUGCUGCUGGGAAAUGGAUCGGUUUCAGAGGAAAGCGGCAAGAUUCUGCUUCAGCGGGGAUCUACUGAGGUACCUGGAGGUCUUAUCUUCACCCGAGAUUUAAGAAUCAAUCUGCCCAGCCCUUUGAAGAACACCAUUGACCAGUGUCUGGAGUUUCAGAAGAAUAUCACAGCAGCCGUUCUCAUUAUUAGCGCUAAGGAUGGACUGUGGAAGCAGGAGAAGUGGAACCCUAACAAGCCACCAUUUAGUCUCUUACUGGAUGGAUACCGGUCUCUUUCAAUUCAGUUCCGAUUGGAGAAGGUUGAAGGAAAUCACCAUGUCCAUCUGAACGAGCCGGAGCGAGUUGCAGGAAUUGUCAGCGAGUUUCUCAGGAUGGACCUCGCCUCUAAGCUAUGAGAGUGAAAUGUGGGCAGGCUGUGCCCAGCACUGGUUAAAGAGUGGGAAACGCCCAAUCACUGGCAACAAGACAAGAGUUCCCAGUCCUCUGCGUACAGCUGGGCCUGAUCAGUAAAAAACCAGUUUAACUAUAGUUAACAGGAAAUAUUAAAGGCAAUGUAAAAUUAA